AUGACAAGAAUUAAGUUUAUUAAGAGACUUUUUAAUAUUGCCGAGGACUUUUCACAUGUUGGAAAAUUGACACAGCAAAUCAAGAUCCAAUUUGAAGAUGACCCGCGCGAUAAGGACCUGUUCUGCAACAUAUUUCCAUUCUUUUUUCGGCUUCUGAGAGACGUUGUCCUGAGGCGUGCUUCAGAGUACGAAGACCUCAAUCAAUAUUUUUCGAAAAGGGUUUUUAAGGAGAUGGCAAACGAAAACCAAGAGAAAUUCGCCGAGAGUUUUUUCCCCGGCUUCGAAAGCUUCGCUCUACCUCUACCUACAGUUGAUCCCGACAUAAUACAAGAUAUUAGUAACAACCGGGGCAAACUUAACCCCAAAUUCCGAGAGGGGGUAAAACGCUUUGAGGUUCUUUUGAAAUCAAAACUGGUCCCUAAAAGAAGUAUCAAUAAAGGAGAGUGCGUUACUGGAGAAGCCCUUGGAGAGUUGGUCGAGUUAUAUAUAGACGCCAUCAACGACCCUAACGCGAUUCCAAAUGUGACGAAGGCUUGGGAUUUCUAUGUUAAGAACAAAAUAGCGGAUGCUAAGCAAGAUGCCUUGAGAGAUUACGAUCAGUCUAUGGUACAGUUAACACGCUUGCCCUGUGUUGAAGAAGAACUUCUGGAGGACCACGAAUUCACGGAAAAGCAAGCCGCAAAAAAAUUUAUGGAAUAA